UUAUAGUUAACGUGUGUUGUGAUUGGUAGUGCCUAACUUUUUCAAACUUGUUUUUAAGUUUAGUUUUCGAACUUUAUUAAUCAUAGAAAGUCACGCAAGUAUUAAUUAAUGCAGACAUAUUAAGGCAAAGUGAAAUACAAGCAAAAUAAAAUUAUUCAACACAAUUAAAUAUGUCUAAAAAUGUUUUGGUCAUUGGAAGUGGAGGUCGAGAGCAUGCCUUGUGUUGGAAGUUAGCCGAUUCUCCGCUAGUCAAACAAAUAUUCUGUGCUCCAGGCAGCGUCGGCAUUUCGUCUAUUGUCAAAGUUGAAAGCGUCGAUAUAAACAUAAAAGACUAUCCCGUAUUAGCAGAAUGGUGCAAACAAAAAAACAUCGAUUUAGUGAUUGUUGGCCCAGAAGAUCCUUUAGCAGAUGGGAUAGUAGAUGCACUAUCAUCAUAUGGCAUCAAAUGCUUCGGCCCAACAAAAUCUGGCGCUGAAAUUGAGGCAAACAAAGACUGGGCAAAGAAGUUUAUGGCAAAAUACCAGAUCCCAACAGCAAGAUAUCAGUCGUUCACAGAUGCUGAAGCAGCUAAGAAUUUUAUCAAUAACGCACCAUUCCCAGCCCUGGUGGUAAAAGCAUCAGGCUUGGCCGCUGGCAAGGGAGUCGUGGUCGCAUCAAGCAAGGAAGAGGCAUGUGCUGCUGUUGAUGAGAUUAUGACAGACGCUAAAUAUGGUAGCGCAGGACAAACUGUUGUGAUCGAAGAGGUGCUGGAGGGAGAUGAAGUUUCUGUGCUAGCCUUCACAGAUGGGGAGACAGUAUCCCUCAUGCCCCCGUCGCAAGAUCACAAGCGCAUUGGGGACGGGGACACAGGCCCCAACACUGGGGGCAUGGGCGCGUACUGCCCCUGUCCGCUAAUCACCCCGGAACAGUUGGCUGAUGUUAAGGAACAGGUGCUCCAGAGAGCCGUGGACGGGUUGAAGGCUGAAGGCAUCCAUUAUGUAGGUGUGCUGUACGCAGGUAUGAUGGUCACAAAGUCGGGACCAAUGACGCUAGAAUUUAACUGUCGAUUCGGUGAUCCGGAGACCCAAGUUCUCAUGUUGCUCCUGGACUCUGACCUCUAUACUAUUAUGAGGGCUUGCGUGGAUGGAACAUUGAAACAAGUGCAAGUGAAAUGGGAGACGGAAAUGUGCGCCGUGGGAGUUGUGAUCGCCUCUAAGGGUUACCCAGUGACAUCUACUAAGGGAUGCGUGAUCAGCGGUCUGUCCCAAGUCCAAUCACAACCGAACAUCGUGGUAUUCCACAGCGGAGUGGCCCGUGGAGCCAACGACUCAUUGGUUACAGCUGGGGGUCGCGUUAUCCUGGUCGCGGCUAAGCGCAGUUCGUUGCGUACCGCAGCUUCCGUCGCCACAUCUGCUGCGGCUGCUAUAGACUUCCCGGGAGCGCAGUACCGGAAGGACAUUGCCCACAGGGCUUUCUCCAAAUUAAACGGUCUUUCAUACCUGGAGAGCGGGGUGGACAUAGACGCAGCCGCGAACCUGGUGCGCAUCAUCGAGCCGGUGGCGACGGCGACGCACCGGCGCGGCGUGCUCGGCCGCCUGGGCUGCUACAGCGGCCUGUUCCAGCUCUCCGCUAUGGACACUAGCCUCAAGGACCCCGUGCUGGUGCAGGGGACUGACGGCGUGGGCACCAAGCUGAAGAUUGCAGAAAUUAUGCAGAAAUACGACACAUUAGGUCAAGAUCUCGUAGCCAUGUGCGUUAACGACAUCCUGUGCGCGGGCGCAGAACCGUUCGCCUUCCUGGACUACAUGGCGUGCGGCAGGCUGCAGCUCACUACUGCUACUGCUAUCAUAAAGGGCAUUGCAAAUGCUUGCAUGAUGUCUGGAUGUGCUCUUUUAGGCGGUGAAACAGCAGAAAUGCCCUCGAUGUACGACAUAGGCAAGUACGACCUGGCCGGUUUCGCAGUGGGAGUGGUCGAUAACCUCAAACAGUUGCCUCGUAUGAAGGAGAUAAGGGCUGGUGAUAUUGUAUUGGCUCUCCCGUCCACUGGAGUACACAGCAAUGGGUACAGCCUGGUGCAGAAGAUUAUGGCUGAAACUGGACAUAGUUUCCAUGACAAAGCUCCAUUCAGUACUACAAACAAGACAUAUGGAGAAGAAUUCUUAGAGCCCACCGGCAUUUACGUGAAGGCUCUGCUACCAGCCGUUAAGAGAGGUCUCGUCAAAGGUCUAGCGCAUAUAACUGGAGGUGGAUUGUUGGAAAACAUACCCAGGAUUCUACCAGCUGGGGUCAAAGUUAAAUUGGACGCUAUGAAGUUUAAAAUAAAGCCGAUUUUCGGAUGGUUACAAGCUAAGGGAAUGGUAUCAGACUUCGAAAUGCUGCGUACAUUUAAUUGCGGUGUCGGUAUGGUGGCCAUUGUGGACCCGGUGUGCCUCAAGGAGUUCCUCGCCACCGUUGAUGGCACUAUAGACGUGGUUGGUGCUGUCGAAGCUAUUGGUAAAGAGGGUGGUCACCAAGUAGUAGUUGAGAACUUCAGCCAAGCAAUGGCCCCGUUAAGCAGCCCAUACACGAGCGGUGCGCACGCGCCGCAAAAGUCGCUCUCGUAUAAGGACAGUGGUGUGGAUAUCGAGGCUGGAGAUUCGCUUGUAUCGCUUAUUAAACCUUUAGCUAGAUCCACAUCUCGUUCGGGAGUUCUGGGUGGUUUGGGAGGAUUCGGAGGAUGCUUCCAGUUGAAAGCGAUAGAGCAAGAAUAUAAGGAUCCCGUAUUGGUUUUGGCAGCGGAUGGUGUGGGGACCAAACUGAAGAUAGCCCAAGUGAUAAACCAGCACAGCACCAUCGGUAUCGACCUGGUGGCCAUGUGCGUUAACGAUAUCCUGUGCAAUGGAGCCGCGCCCUUGUCUUUCUUGGACUACUUCGCGUGUGGCUCCCUGGAUGUUAAUGUCGCUAAGGAUGUAGUGUCAGGUGUGGCUGAGGGAUGCCGUCAGUCUUCGGCUGCACUCAUCGGUGGGGAAACCGCUGAAAUGCCGGGCAUGUACACACCUGGAGUAUAUGACAUCGCGGGAUUCGCACUUGGCGUUGUCGAACGGACGCACAUCCUGCCAAAGAUCAAUGAUAUUACGGUGGGAGACAUAAUAAUCGGGUUGCCGUCUAACGGAGUGCACAGCAACGGUUUCAGUUUAAUCCACAGCCUGAUGAAGAAAGCCAACCUCACCCUCAACGACAAGGCACCAUUCAGCGAAGAUGGACUCACUUUGGGCGAAGAACUGAUCAAGCCGACCCGCAUCUACGUGCCCAGUGUGGUGCCGGCCUUACAGCGGGGCUUCGUAAAGGCGGUGGCACACAUCACUGGUGGGGGCUUGCUGGAAAACAUUCCCAGGGUCAUACCGGAGUCUGUUAGAGCACGGCUUAACGCGCACUGGUGGAACGUGCAUCCGGUAUUCGCAUGGAUAGCGGACGCAGGCUCAGUGAAGGACGAGGAGAUGUUGCGGACAUUCAACUGCGGUAUCGGAAUGGUUCUUAUAGUAGCACCUGAACAUCAAGCUGAGGUGAUGAACAUAACCCGCUCGUACGGCGCGAUGGUGAUCGGCUCGAUACAGGCGCGGCCGGCGGGCGGCGCCCGCGUGCUCGUCGACAACUUCGCUUCUGCGCUUGACUUCACUCGCCGGAUGCCGCUGUUGACCAACAAGAAGGUGGCGGUGCUGGUGUCGGGCACGGGCAGCAACCUGCAGGCGCUGCUGGACAGCACGCGCGACCGCACGCAGUGCAUGUGCGCGGAGGUGGCGCUGGUGGUGAGCAACCGGGCGGCCGCGCCCGCGCUGCGCCGCGCCGCCGACGCCGGGAUCCCCACCCUGGUGUUCAACCACAAGGACUACGCGUCGCGGGAGGAGUUCGACCGCGCGAUCUCGAAGGCGCUGGAGUCGCACCGCAUCGACCUCGUGUGCCUCGCCGGCUACAUGAGGAUACUCUCCGCGGAGUUCGUGCAGAAAUGGAAAGGCAAACUAAUAAACAUCCACCCGUCACUACUGCCCAAGCAUCCGGGUUUACGCGCGCAGAAACAAUGUCUCGAAGCCGGUGACACACUCUCCGGUUGUACCGUGCAUUUUGUUGAUGAGGGCAUGGACACGGGGCCGAUUAUAACCCAGGAGCGCGUGCCCGUGUACCCGCACGACACGGAGGAGUCGCUGUCGGCGCGCAUCCUGGCGGCCGAGCACCGCGCCUACCCGCGCGCGCUGCGCCUCGUGGCCACCGCGCGCGCGCGCCUCGACGCCAAGGGGAACGUCAUCAUGUCCUAAUCGCACCGCUGUGUAUACUUCGUUGCAGAUUUCAUGUUUUUGUAUACUAUGAAAUUCAUUACUUGUAUACCUUUUUUUUGGUUGUUGAUUGAAAAUAUUAAAGUUGUGUGAGCUGGAGAAUGAUUUUGUAUACUUUGGUUGUCAUUGCUUUUUUAAUGUUUUUGUAUACUUUCCUCUUUAUGGAUAAAAAUGAAAUGUAAUAUUGGUUGCUUUUACGCUCAUAGCUUAAUGCGACAAUAAAGUAAUGUUUAUGUAUAAUUCGCUUUUCAUACACAAAAAUGAAGUUGGAUAAUUAUGCACUAAAAUAUUGACUACUUUAGUUGGUCUCUUUAUCUUUCAUGUCACAUACAUUUUAUUAAAAAAUAUCUAUUUGGGACCAACAUUAAGAGAUUAUUUAAAUAUCUUCAUAUAGGUAUUUUGUUGUAUAUUUUGAAUUACGUAGUUAAGUUUUUAAUCGAAAUAUAGUAUAUGAAUAGAUUUUAUAAAAAUUAAAAAAAAAUAUUGUCUCUAAAAAUGUCUCCCGAUGAAAAAGCGCGUUUACUUGAUAUAAGUAAAUUAACAUUCCACUGGACAAUAAAAUAUAUUGACAAUCAACUUAAUCCAUUAUUUUUUGGUUUAUCCACUUAAAAUUUUAUUAUCUAGUAUUAAAUAGUUUUAGAAUUAAGAGCGCAACUCGAAUAAGUCUUCCGUUUAUUUUAUAUGACAUCCAACUGACACUGUCUUUUGUACUUGGUAUGUUAUUGUUAAAAGUAAAAUAAAAAUUUUGUAUUGCA